CUGUAAACGGCCAGUAGAAUUACGGUAUUUUGAACUUGGGCGGGGUUUUAUCAUGUUUUCUUCCGGAAACUGGCACCCGUUGCUACUGUCAAAUCAUGGCUUCUCUUGAUAGAGUUAAAGUGCUAGUUUUAGGUGAUUCCGGUGUAGGAAAGUCCUCCUUAGUACAUCUUUUGUGCCAGAACCAGGUUUUAGGGAAUCCAUCCUGGACUGUUGGAUGCUCAGUAGAUGUACGGGUUCAAGACUACAAAGAGGGAACCCCAGACGAAAAAACAUUCUACAUUGAAUUAUGGGAUGUCGGGGGCUCGGUCGGCAGUGCCAGCAGUAUAAAAAGCACCAGAGCCGUCUUUUAUAAUUCAGUCAACGGAAUUAUUUUAGUCCACGAUCUGACAAAUAAGAAAUCAUCUCAGAAUCUUUAUCGCUGGUCACUGGAAGCGCUAAACAAGGAUUCGUCACCAACGGGCGUCAUUGUCUCCAAUGGUGACUAUGAUCGUGAGCAGUUUGCAGAGAAUCCGGUGCCGUUGCUUCUCAUUGGCACCAAGUUUGACCAGAUCUCCGAAACCAAACGGAGUGAAGUUCUCACACGGACGGCUUUCUUGUCUGAAGACUUCAACGCGGAGGAGAUCAAUCUUGACUGUACCAAUCUGAGAUAUUUGGCUGCAGGCACAUCCAAUGCAGUGAAGCUCAGCAGAUUCUUUGACAAGGUGAUUGAAAAAAGAUAUUUCACAAGAGAUCCAAGUCAGAUGACAGGCUUCACGGACCGAAAGCGAUUCAACUUUAAGACUUUGCACUAUGACUGACAGUGCGGUCUGUGGUUAAACGUUAACAAAAGCAGUUUUGUCACACAACUUUCUGUCCCUUCAACCAGUUUUACUUUCUUUUAUUCCAUGGACAAAUACAUUUACAGUAUCAUUAAUCAUUUUCAAUUAUGAUUUUAUGUUUAAACCAGUCAAAUAUGCACAUUACCUUGUGAUAAAAAAAUAAAGAAGCUACAAGAUGGAUACAUCUAUUUUUUUAUUCAUAUUAUAAAUCCAAACGUACAUGACAGUCAUCAUGUGUUUAAUUAUUUAUGUUGUGUAUUUGUCUCAUGCUAAAAUCAAUAAAGAACACUUUUUCCUAUA